CGCCUGCCUGAUUUCCACUUCUUGCUCACUUGCUUUCGCGAAAAUGGCAGUUACUUGUCCCACGAGUGUCAUCAUUAUUGGUGUCACAGUCAAAGUUUCUAUCCUUAUAGCUAUAGUAUACUUCACUCUACCAGCAAAAGUACACCCGCCUGAUUAUGGUGACGGCUGGUGGGGGAAGGGAGACGCGAAAAAGCCAGAUGAUCCGACCAUUCAUGAGCACAAAAUAUCGAUCCACAAAGAUGAGCUGGCCGAACUCUGGCAGAGGCUGACGAAAACACGAUUCUUCGAUACACUUGAGGGUAUAGAAUGGCAAUAUGGAACAAACCAAGAGUACAUGAGAAGUUUAGUAAAGUAUUGGGUGGAAGAAUAUGAUUGGCAGAAACAAGAAAGUCUGUUGAACUCCGAGCCAAACUACUACACUGAAAUCGAAGGACUCCGUGUCCAUUUCCAGCACAUUAAACCGGACAUACAGAAAGGGCAAGAAAUUAUACCCAUAGUCCUUAUCCACGGCUGGCCAGGGUCCUAUUUUGAGUUUUAUAAAGCCAUCAAGAUUCUGAAGGAUGCUUCAAAGAAGGGUCCUUUCGCAUACGAAAUUAUCUGUCCGUCCAUACCUGGUUAUGGAUUUUCUGAGGCCUCCCAUAAACCGGGCUUUAAUCUCUACGCGGCAGCUCGCGUGUUUCAUAAGCUUAUGGAGCGACUUGGUCACAAAAGUUACUAUAUCCAAGGAGGCGAUUGGGGCUCUAUGAUAGGACGGUGUAUGGCACAAAUUGCACCAAGCUGUGUUCGUGGACUCCAUAUAAACAUGAUCGGUAUGAUUGCACCCAGAGGGAUCUGGUCAUACAUACUUGGCUAUUUCACAUUACCAGCAAAAGAGCACCAGAAGAUCUUCCCUUUGAUGGAUUUUUAUAUUUACAUUCUCAGAGAAUCUGGGUAUAUGCAUCUGCAAGCCACUCGGCCAGACACUGUUGGUGCAGGUCUUAAUGACUCCCCCGCCGGCCUUGCAUCAUAUAUCAUAGAGAAGUUUUCAGUAUGGAGUGGUUGCCAUACCAACCAAUCAGCCCAGUGCUUGGAGUCUCGUUUCACUAAAGACGAGUUGCUGACAAAUGUUAUGAUUUACUGGUUGACUAACUCCAUCACCUCAUCCAUGAGAUUUUACAAGGAGAAUUGUUUAACAGCCCAUGAUGUUAAUGCAAUCCAAGAGGUAGUCCCUGUGGGAUUAGCUGACUUUCCUGAUGAGAUCAUCCACCUACCACAGCCUUGGCUCAGUGCAACAUUCAUCGAUAUCAUACAGCACACGGAAAUGCCUCAUGGAGGGCACUUUGCUGCCCUUCAGGAGCCUGAGCUUCUAGCACAGGACGUCAUGGAGUUUGUUAGAAAGGUGGAGACAAGGAAAUCAAGUAAGGAGGAAUUGUAGGAUAAUGUGUUGUUAGUGUAUCAUCAGGGAACCUGAUUAAUCUCACUGCUAUUGCAAAAUAGUUACAGCUUUGGUUUUUAAAGUAGUCAUGAUUUAAAAAUGGGCUUAGAUCUAGAUUAUUAAGAAUAAUUUAUUAAGUAGUAAAAUACGCCGCCAUUUAACGCUCACGCCUUUCUCAAGAUUUAAAUAACACAUAACUGUCAACCCAACUUGGACAGGAAUAUUGUGAAAAAGGGUAAAAUAAUUACUUACAGUAAAUAUGUCAAACAAACCAAAGAGAGCCAAUGCGGGUGAAUACAGAGAAUGUAUGAACAUUCUCACAAAAAUUAGGCUUCUAAUGAAGUCCAAAAUCUUGUGAUACCUGCCUAAUGUGGGUGUUUUGACAGCUAA